AUGGGAAAAGAUAAAGCGGGUCGUCCUAUUACUUAUGUUCAUGCUAAAGAACAUAUUAAAGGACAGUAUCCAUUACAAGCAACGGAACGAUUGAUCAUUUUUUUCAUUGAGACUGCAAGACUUUUGAUUGAACCUCCUGUAGAAGAAGGAACUAUAGUGAUCGACAUGCUCAAUGUUGGCUUACAGAAUUUGGACUACCAAUACAUUAAAUUUAUGAUCAAUAUCGUGCAAAAUUAUUAUCCCGAGUGUUUAGGUAUCGCUUUGGUGGUCAAUGCCCCCUGGACAUUCAAUACUGUUUGGAGUGUAAUCAAGUCAUGGCUAGAUCCAGUGGUAGCAAGCAAGAUUCAUUUUCUUAGGAGUUCAAAAGAGCUGACUGAAUAUAUCAAUCCAAUGGAUCUUCCGAAACGACUGGGAGGUAGUCAAAUGGAUUUUGAAUUUCAUCCGCCAACAGAAGAGGAUAAAGCACAAAUGAAAAUUUUUCGAACAGAUAAAGAAGGCAUGGAGAAAGUGAAAUUUGAACACAUGGAAGCUGCACAACACUAUAUUAAUAUGACAUUGAAAUGGGCUACUAGACAGACACAAAAUGAAGACGAUGAAAGGAUGAAUAGAGUUCAGACAGCUAAACGGCUCAGUGCUGCUUUUGAACAAUUUGUGCCUUAUGUUUCUACACGAACACAUUUUCAUCGGACGGGAGAAAUUCAAGAGCCCAUUUUCGAUAUUGCGUAUAAUCGAAUCUGUGCUGGAGACAGUGAAACAUCGUAUUAA